AUGAGCUGGUGGUUAGAAAAACUGGCCAAAAACCUUAAAGGAAUAAAUUCGGAGAAUUCCGGAAAUCAUUCAAAUUGUGACACAGAAGAUAAGAUUGAAAAGGAGGAAGAUGUUUUAGCUGGGGACUCUUCUAUGUUUAACCAGAUUUACGAACUGAACGGAUUUUACAAAUGCACUCUUCGUACUAGUGGAGUGGGGCUGGGGUCCUAUAAGUGCGACGUAAUAUUCAUGGAAAAGCAACUUAUGGUGUUGCAUUUAGUAAGCAGAAGCAGUCUGAAUAUAUCUAGAAUCCUAGCGCCUAGUGCAGCUACAGCUUUUGCUACUUCAUUUAAUGCUGAUAAUUCAAAAGUCUCCAGAGGAGAGUGGAUUGUGCUUCCUUUUGAACAUAUUACAGAAAUUGAAUUGCAAAAUGAAGGAAGAGAUAUGAAAAUAGUAACAAAAACUGGGGUAAGUUAUAUUUUGGGAGAUAAUGAAGAGUGCAUUCUGAAGGCAUAUAAGAUUUAUAACGAAAGAAAGAAUGCUCUAAGCAAAUUAAAGAAAAUGGACAAUAAAGUAAAUCAAAAAAUUCGUAGUUUUUCUCUAUACAAUGCUAACAUGCCAGUAAGCAGAAGAGCAGAUAUCACGGAGAAGUCAAUUUCAGAAGUUGCACCUUUGCCCAACAUAUUCCCAGGUUGUAUUGUUUCAAUUACGGCAAUAGAGUUGGCAAAAAUACUAACCAGCAAUUCGUUCUAUGGUAAGUAUGUCUUGGACCCAAAAGAGACAUUUGAAUUGAACAUAAGCGAGUGGAAUGGUCAAAGCGAAAAUCAAAAUAAUCAUAAAUCAGAAUUCCACCUCGAGCAAGGAGCAUCAAGGGACAUACAAUACAGGAGAAAAAUUUCAACAGGAAUUUUGGACAUAUGGGUCUCAUUCACAGAAAAACACCAGAUUUCGUUUCCUAAAGAUCACUCAUUCAUCCAUAUUUUAAUUAACGUUGUGUUCACCAUAUUUGAAAAGGAAAUCAUGAUAAAAAUUCUAAUUAGAAUAGUAGAAAUACAAGAGGCAAAAACGCAGUUUGACUUGGAAUGUGAAUUAGAAAAUACCAGCUCUCUUCCGUAUCUGGUAAGGUACCAAUUAGAAAAUUCCACAAUUAAUAGUAUAAAGUCAACCGUUGAAGGUUAUAUCAAAGGAAUCAGGGAUAACUUCUCAGAAAUUUCUAACUAUAGUGAAGUGGAUACCAUACCAGAACCCUGCCCUAGCCCCACAAUUUGCAACCUAAACUACGCAGAACAUGAAAUAAAUCUAUUCAAACAACAAAAAACUAAUUGUGAUGAAUCAGUGAUUUGUUGUUUCCAACCCUUUAACCAAGUUUUACAAAGGCUUUUCAAUUUUUAA